UGAAAAAUAUAUAAAUUAUGAAUGAAAUAAAUAAAAUUUGAAAUUUAUUAUUGUAUAUGAAUAAAUAAAAUAAAUUAAAUUUGAAAUUUACAGAACGAACCUGAACCGGCAAAACCAUCGGUGGUCAAUCAUGAUCCUCCACCACAAUCCAAUGAUUCGGCUGCCGCAACAAAUGGCCCCUAUGUGGUCAGCUCCUUCAGUCAGAAUCCAGAAGCUAUCAUGCGUAAGAGGAUGUCGUCAAACAGCAGCACAGCUGUUGCUAACAACGACAACAACAACUCUCCCUCGAAAAACGUCAGCACCAACACUGUGGAACCGUCCACUUCGACACAGUCAGCCAACGGUUUGACGCAAUUUGGUAACACUUUGACCCAGUCCGUGAACGGUGCCACUCUGGCCCAGUCCAUGAACGGUGCCACUCUGGCCCAGUCCAUGAACGGUGCCACUCUGGCACAGUCCGUAAACGGUGUCGCCUUGUCGCCGAACAAAACCUUUGUCGCGCAGGCGGCGGGUAAUCAACAGCUGUUGCAAGUGGUGCCAAUCACAGCGUUGGAUUUGCAACAGUUGACCAGUGCUACCAACCUGACUGGUGUGGUGGGUGGGGGAGGAUUGGUGGCGCUUGCCAACCUAACGCCGGGAGGUCAAAUGCAGCCUGAUGGAUCAAUGCAGCUGUUUGCAUGCAAUGCCAAUAAUGCAGCACAAUCCGGCCUGACACUCCUGACCGCACCUUGUACCGCCUCCGCCGCACCGCCUCCAGCCGCUGCCGCCUCCGCGGCCGCUACCACCUCCGCGGGGGCAGUGAUCGACCUUUCGGACGACGACGAUCCGCCUCCUUCCGCUGCCGCUCCCGCUACCGCCUCCUCUCCCGCUGCCUCCGCUAGCGUCACACCCACACGCCGCAAGCGACAGGCGACUGCCGAUCCGGACGCAGUCGCUUUGCUCGCCAAGCGGCUGUUGGACGCUAGCGGUCAGUCGCAGGAAAACGGCGUCAUCAACCUUGAUAACGACUAGGAUGCCGCGCUCUGUCCGCGUCACCAAAACUGUCAGAUGUUUACAAUAUGAAAAAACGCAUUCUAAUUUUAUUUUCCAAACCCGCCAGAAUGUUUAAAAUGUACUCCACUUUUAUUUCAACAUUUUUUUAUUUUUCCUCUCGGAACCAGCGUGGAUAAACUAUAAAAAAUAUAAUUGAAUGUUUACCGAAACUGUCACAAUGUUUACAAUGUGAAAAAAACGCGCUUUAAUUUUAUUUUCCAAACCCGCCAGAAUGUUUAAAAUGUAGUCCACUUUAUUUCAACAUUUUAAAUUUUUUCUCUCGGAAUCAUCGUGGGUAAAACCGGAUAAACUAAAGAAACUAUAAUUGAAUGUUUACCGAAACUGUUGUGAUUUAAGAGGUUUUUUAAGAGAUUGAUUUAAUUGUUUGAGAGAUUGAUUGUUUUAAGAGGUGUGAUUUAAGAGGAUCUGUCUGUAGUGGCUAUUUUAUUAUUAAUUGAACUUUGAAUUGAAAACUAAUGAUAUUGCCAUAAGUUGUAAAUUUCAAUUUUUUACAUUUUCUCUGAACGCUGUUUCAAAUUCAUAUCUUCUUGCGAAAAAUGUGACUAUUAUUUUACAGUUUAAUUUAUUAUGGAGAUGCAUGAUUGGUGAAUGUAUACAGGUAUUAUUAUGUUGAAUACACUUAGGGCCGGUUUCCGAGCUCGGGAUUUAGCUAAGUUAUAGACUUUAAACAGCUGGAGUCAGAAAAUUAGCUUUCCAAAACGGGGCAGUUUUUAUAAUAGUAGUCGCAGUUUCUAUUUUCUCAUUUCUAUAAUUAGAAACGUUUUUCCUUGACCAAAUUAAACAUUUCUAAAUAAUUCAAAAUAGCUGAAAUUUUACACUAUUUUCUUUUAUUUUUAUUUUAGGUUCAAUUUACCA